UACUUUAUUUUAGCCCAUCUUUACUUCCGUCAACACGCUUCUAAAUAUAUUUAUAGUUUAUUUGAAGAGCUGCGGGCCGAACCACGACUCCGUUUUAAACGAGAACAUGUCCAUGCCCGGCAUAUUGUUCCGAUUCGGCGUCAUUCUCACUGCGGACUCGCCGCACGUCGAGUUGUUUAUUUUGGGCUCGCGCGAAGAAAUGGGUCAGUGGGAUCCGAGCAAAGCGGUUCGGAUGAGAGCCUGUCGGAGCUCGGUGUCGACCCUGGAGCCGUGUCUGUGGCUGGGCGACGUGCGGCUGCGGGAGCCGUUUAAGGACACGCUGUGGUUCAAGUUCAUCCGAAGAACGGACGGCCGUUACGUUUGGGAAGGCAACGGGCCGCACCACGACAGAACGUGCACCUUUGACGAGGACAACGUGGUGGACGGCGUCUAUUGCCACCCGAUCGGCCACUGGAUCGAAGAGACGGGCCACACGGACGAGAUGAAGCACACCACCAACUUCUACUUUAGCGUGGCUGGUCAGAAUGCCAUGCAUUUCUCCAGGGUGCUCCCAAGGCUUUGGCUGGGCAGCUGUCCUCGAGUGCCGGAACACGUGACGAUCAAGAUGAAGCACGACCUUGGCAUCAGCGCCGUAAUGAACUUCCAGACAGAGGCGGACGUGAUGAACAACUCCCACGGCUGCGGACGGAACCUCGGCGAAGCAAUGACGCCCGACGCCAUGAUGCAUUUGUACAGCCGCUGUGGCCUCGCGUACGUGUGGAUCCCCACGCCCGACAUGAGCACCGAGGGUCGCAUCCGGAUGCUUCCCCAGGCUGUAUUCCUACUUCACGGUCUCCUCGAGAAUGGUCACACGGUAUACGUCCACUGUAAUGCCGGCGUGGGGCGCUCGACGGCGGCCGUGUGCGGCCUGCUCAUGUACGUGCUGGGCUGGAGCCUCAGGAAGGUGCAGUACGUGGUGACCGCCAGGAGGCCUGUUGUGUACAUUGACGAGGAGGCUUUAGUUCGGGCCCGGGAAGACUUCGUUCGCAAGUUUGGCCGACUGCGAUCGUCCAUCUCAGAAACAUGAAGCUGGAGAUCAAGCGCUACAUGCCGAACUUCUCACAAAAGACUCAUAUGGAGCCUUUCUCAAAGACGCUUCUCAUUACUUUUUCAUGCGUGCCUCCGGAAGGCGGCGAACGAACGGGUGAGCGGUUUGAGUCACGCGUGUGCACGACAAUCCGAAUGGAUGGCAGCACGGGCUAAAAAUAGGGACAUACAUGCAUGCAUGCAUCGCAUGGAAAAUGAGUGAAUGCUUUUUGGUGUGUGGAGAUGAGUCUCGACUAUGUGUAGCCGCUUCAAGCGCGUCCAAGUUAUAUGUCUUUGGGCUUUUUGUGUUCCCACGGUUUCAUUUUGAAGUGAUUCGCUUGAUUAAUGAGAGCAUUGAUUUAGUGUGAUUGAAAUGUAAGAAUUUUUUUUUCAUAUAUAUUUAAUAAAAAUCGAGUGACCGAUCUUUGGACAUUUAAAUCUAAAAUCUAAAACUGGAGAUCAAGGAUCGCUGUUCCAACAAGUUUAUUCAAGGUUCCACUGACGCCUCCUGACAUGAACUGUCGGCGGCCAUACAUCUUUUCACGCGUUUAAAGCCUACAUCUCGGCGCACUCGCCGAGGAGCCAGAUUAUUUAUUCACCGAUUGAUUUCAACCAGCUCGUCAAGUCACACAAUACGCACAGACGCAGAUUUAUAUUCAUCACCGCUGCUUUUUUAAGCCGCCGCGCUUUCUUUUUAGUCUCCCGGUGCGAGUCGUAUCAUUCGCUCGGUGCAAGGCGGCGCGCUGAAGAAAGAAUCCUGCAAUGACUCUUGACUUUGCUCCCAGGCAGGAAGGCAGACAGACACCCUCACAUGAACCCACCUAAGAGGUAGGGACUUAUCCCAGCGAUUUCACACCAUUUGAGGCAUUAUUCGGCGACAUGAAGAGAGACCGGAUACAAAUAACACGGCGGCAUUCUUGAUUGGCUUUCUGUGAAUGAGAGAAACUCUUUCGGAGUGGCCCAACUAUUUUGUGUGAAGAAAUUGUCAAAUUUAACAUAAAUAAAAAAGAGGUACACAUUGUGUUUCGAAAAACAACUUUUGGCCUAAGAAAGCACCUGUUAGCUUAAUGCUAACACACAAAGGAAAACUCCAUUGAGGGGCUCAUGAUUAGCAUUAAUAGUUGCUGUGUUUUCAACCGAACCUCUUUUUUUUUUUUUUUUAAAUCACACAUUGAAAUCACACUAAACCUCUGAGAAAAAAAACAAAGAGGCCAGAGAGAAGCCAUUGUCCAGCAGCAGCGAUCCGUGAAGCGACUUCAGCAGCCAGUUGAACCCGAUUGCAUCAUUUGCAUUUGCAGUCAUUGUUAACGACAAUUUGAGGCAGCGCCUCGAUGAUAUUCAAUUACAAUGCAGCCUUUGUCUCAGGGCACUGUAAUAAUGACCGCACUAAUAUAUGCAGCCGCUCCGUAUCUUCUGCAGACUGUGUAAAAUAUGAAAAGUGUUUACUGCCUGUGCAUAAACGCAUCCUCAUAAUUC